CUGCAUGCAGACUCAUUCAGACAUUACAGAAUUCAACGCAAUUGUAAAAUAUAAGUUUAGUGUUUUGUAUGGCGUGGAUAGUUAGGAUUUAAAGGAAAAUUUGAAAAAAUUGUCGGAUUGAACAUUAAAAGGAGUCACAUGAUUAUGUACCUGAUAAUAGAGUCAAUUUGCAAAAAAUGCAGCGAUCCUCAUCAGCAGCAGCAGUAGCAGGAGCAACGGCAGCAGUAGUAGCAGCAUUUGUACUAGUGGUAAAAAUUUCCAAUGUGAACUAUUUAUGAAGUCAUAUGAACGAAAUUCCGAUGACGUCAGAUACAGCGAGAAAAUGCGAGAAUUCCGUCGUCCCACACUGUUCGUGAUAGACGAGAACGGUAUCGAUGUAACUAAAUCCGUAUGCGAAAUAUCCGAGACCGGAAGUUUAGACGGCUUCACCGGAAAUGAAAACGGGAUACCGGUUACGUGUGACCAUAACGCGAACUUGACCAAACCAGACGAACACGAUUCAAAUCGGGAAAGUGGCAACAACCUCUUGAUACCUAAGUGCGAUGAUGACUUUGACCUCUGUGAACUUAAAGCCACCACCGCGCGACUAAAAUUGUCGACCAGACGACAAAGUACGGUCGCCUGGCAACAGGCGCACUUAGGCUCGACACGUGUUCCCGUUGUACUCCCGAAGUUCGAUUCUUCAAAAUUAAUUAAAAGCUAUAAAGACACUGAUACGGACAACAACAACCAGGACGACGAUUCUUUUACGGAGGAGAGAAAAAAUCGAAUCGACGACGCUCUGGCAUGGCUUCGAUCAGAAUUGAUGCAGAUGCGCAGCGAAGACGAACGGUUGGCUAGGCAACUACUCUCAAUCAGACACGACAUCCAUCAGUUGAAACUACAGCGAAGUUGCCAAGCUCACCGAGAGAUGCUGGAAGACGUGACGCUCGAUAUGGAAGAGAAUCACUUGUUGAACGUUAUUUCGGACAUGCCCAUUCCGGACUCUGUUCAUGACACACCCUUGAAGCAUCUGGGAGUGACGCGCAUGCACCUGAGCGCGAGACGAUUUUCGACCUGUUGAACGAGUCCGGUGACAGGGCUGUGUUGAACGUUGACAUGACCGAGGCUGUUGACUGCCUCAGGGCAUCUAUUGGAACGCAGGGCGAUUUUCGUCGUGUUGAAAUGGCUUCCAAUUAAAUCUUCCGUGCGUGCGGGUGAAUAAAUGUGUUGAAUUUUACAGGACCGAUGCUUUUGGUUAACGAAGUGGUCUUAUUUACGAGUAAGCGUCUAUGCAACGAAGCCCUGUCAGGCUGAUCUGCGACAGAGACCAAACAUAUGGUAUAGGGAGGCGGAAAACUACAACGGGCGAGGCAUGGUCAGGGGUGAUAACCCCAAAAAAGGGUUAGGGUAAGGGUUAUGGUUAGGGGUCGGAUUAGAGUAAGGGAUGGGUUCAGGCUAACCCAAACCCUAACCCGACCCAUAACACUAACCCAAACCCUAACCCUCUAACCCCCCCCCCCCCCCUUGCGCAAUACCAUACCAUGCCUCGCCCGUUGUAGUUUUCCGCCUCCCUAUGGUAUAUUUUAACAGCCAAACGUAUUUUCGUUUUCAAAUGUGCCGAACAUUGUUUGCACUACAGACUAGUCUGCUUACUAAACACUCAAAGUGACUGUUAUACUCCGGAUUGCAGAUGCGUCAGUGUUAACAUGGAAUUCGUUUUACUUGUCAAGUAUCUGUACGCAUGAUGAAACAUCAAAGCUGACACUUCGAUCUACAGAGAUAUGUAUCAUGUUUGAUGAAAUCGCAUACAGUUAGCGCAUAAACGUACAGAAAUGUCCAUUUGUAUUAGCUAUAACUCUUUUUAAAUUCACCAGUACGAGUUGCUACCUUUGCAACAACUGUCUAACUGACUUGCGCUUAGACCUAAAGUGCAUGUGAUCAUAAUAUAAUCAAAUAUGGGCCUUUCAAAUCGAAAUAUUCAAGUCAAAUCAGUGAACAAAUUGUGUUGUUGUUGUGAUUUUAUAAUUAUCAAAUGGCAAACAGGUCGAGAAAUUGUGUUGCAAAUGAUUUAAUAUGAUAAUAAAAUAUGGGCAAUUCAGAUCGAAUUAUUCAAGUCAAAUCAGUAGGCAAAUUGUGUUGUUGCUGUGAUUUUAUAAUAACCAAAUUGCAAUAAGAUUGAGAUCGAGAUAUUUUUUGCAAAUGAUUUCGUUCCCGUUACGGUUCUUCAUUUAAGCUAUAGUUAUGGUCCCUUUUUUGACCUUGCAGUCUUUCACGAAUAUGGGGAUGACAAUAUUGCAUCUUGAUCAUUAAUUGUUAACUUUUUGCAAUAUUGCGCCUUGAGUCGUUCUAGUGAACGACACAUUUACGUUCAAAUAUUAAUCAAUUACAUGCCCAAUAUGAACGAAUCGGUAUAAAAACUGUUAAUUUCAUUCAUGUUCGCCCUAAUUUUGGGAUGGAAUUGUUCAAAGUUUCAGGUACAAAUUAAAGGGAAGUAAUCAUUUUUGACGCAAACAUAAUCCAUCAGUUACCUCCCAUUGUAAAAUAAUUUGUUCAAUACGGGUAUAAUACUCGUUUGUGUAAAUGUAGAUGUAGACUUCUACUACUACUACUAC